CAAAUCUGCCUACUUAACUGCUACCACCGGAAAACUCCAUAUUUACCUAAAAAGCAAUUAAGAAAAAGAAAAUAGAAUUAAUAACUACUAAUUAAUUAACUAAUUAAAAUUUUAAAAAAUAUUAAAGAGCGAAUGGCCAAGGAGACAAGAGUUGGAUAUUUGCCAUUUUUCUGUCUCUGUGUAUGGAUCUGAGAUUGUGAGAUACCGAUUUCAGGCUUUUUUUAAGCUAUAGUCAAUCAACAUAGAACAACAACGCCGCCAUAGUAGUGGAGCAGAAGCCUCCAGGAAUAUGACUGAUAGGAUUUGAAGAAUAUGAGCUUAUUUUGCUGAUCUUUUCAACAUCAAGAAGAGUUCAAGACAACACUAGGGCCUAGCCAAGAUGAAAGUGGGAACUAACUCUUUCUUGCGGGGAAGACCAUUUUCUUUCAUUUUGGCUUGCCUACUUGCGACAACUUUAUUACUUUGGUUAUGUGAAAAGAAUCCUUUCAGCACUACUUUAUUGUCGACCCCAAAUCAAUUUUCCAUCCCCGCUAUAGGGUUUGUUGAAGUAAGCCCUAACACUUCCUUGAGUGUUACAAAGGCAAAUGAAAAUAUUGAAGAAAAAGAUAUCCAGAUUUCUAUACUAGAAGACAUAAAUGAGGACAAAGAAAAAUCAGUUGCUGGACCAGUGGGUUCUCCACCUGAAAUUUCGUCUGAAAUGCAGAAAAGCGAAGUUACUGGGGAAGAAGAAAAGUCAGAUGUUGGACCAGUUGUUUCUCCACCUGAAUUUAUCUCCGAAAUGCAAAAAACUGAAGGAGAUGUGCCAUCGUUAUCGACAAAGAAAGUUUGCAACUUCGCCAAAGGUAGAUGGGAGAAAGAUAAUGAGCGGCCACUAUAUUCUGGGUUUGAUUGUAAGCAGUGGCUAUCAGAAAUGUGGGCAUGUAGAUUGACUCAACGAACUGAUUUCUCUUAUGAGAAAUAUCGAUGGCAACCAGAAAAUUGCGAAACAUCGAAAUUUGAGAGAUCUUCAUUCUUGAGAAGAAUGCAGGACAAAACAAUUGCUUUCAUUGGAGAUUCAUUGGGCCGACAGCAGUUCCAGUCUUUAAUGUGCAUGGCCUCUGGUGGGUUAUAUAGCCCGGAAGUUGAAAAUGUAGGAAAGCAGUAUGGUCUUGUAAAAGCUCGUGGAGCCAUUCGUCCUGAUGGUUGGGCUUAUCGAUUUCCAAAAACCAAUACGACCAUUCUCUAUUACUGGUCAGCAAGUCUGUCUGAUUUAGUUCCACUUGAUGCCAAAGACCGAGCCUCUGAUGUAGCCAUGCAUCUAGACCGUCCACCAGCUUUCUUAAGAAAGUACCUUCACCGUUUUCACGUAUUAGUUCUGAAUACUGGGCAUCAUUGGAACAGGGGAAAGCUGAAUGCAAACCGGUGGGUGAUGUAUGUUGAUGGAAAGCCUAAUGCAGACAGAAAACGUGCAGAAAUUGGGAAUGCCAAGAAUUUCACAGUUCAUAGUAUUGCCAGGUGGGUUGAUUCCCAGCUUCCCUCUCAUCCCAACCUCAAAGCUUUCUUUAGAACUAUCUCACCUAGGCAUUUCUCUAAUGGUGAUUGGAACACGGGGGGUAGUUGUGAUAAUACAAGUCCAUUGUCUGGUGGAAGUGAAGUUGUUAAUGAUGGAUCAAAGGAUCCAAUAGUUGAAGAUGCUGUAAAGGGUACAAAUGUAAAGCUUUUAGAUAUCACUGCUCUCUCUGAACUAAGGGAUGAGGGUCAUAUUUCCCGCUACAGCAUUAGAGGCACAACUGGCAUCAACGAUUGCUUGCAUUGGUGCCUACCUGGGAUUCCAGAUGCAUGGAACGAACUACUUAUUGCACAGAUAUAAGGAUCUGACACAUGGUAGCAGGUAAAGAAGAGAAAGGAGAUGUUAUUCCUUUUGUGGUAUAAGGGAAUGCAUUAUUUUGUUUUCAUGAAUCUCAACCAGCUCCUCACUGAUCUGAUCAUAGAAUAGGUACAGCAGCAAUCCUUUUUCUCCCAUUUUUAUUUGUGAAUUGAUUUCUUAUUAUGAGUUUACAUUUAGGUUUGUCUAAUCUGUAGUUAAAAGGAGGAGUUUGCCGUAAGAAUGGGAGAGCAUGAAGGAGCUGCAGGCAAUAUGUUAUGUGCUGCUUUCAAAUUAAAACUGACAUUCACUUAACUAAUUUUUUUCUCUUGUGCGGGCAUAUUACUAAUAAUUCUUUUCUCUCCGGUGAGUGUUGUACUAUAUUACCAGUUCAGUGUGAACUAUUUGGAAAUUAAAAUGAAAAUACUAAUUCAUCCCAA